GGUGGCUUAUGGCCUCCAGUCUCCCAUGUGACGCUGCUCAGUCGUUCCCAGGCGGUCACAUCACAGAGCCGGAGACUAUGGAUCAGAAGGUGGCGUUGUUCGUUCUUCUGGCAGCGGGCCUCCUCUGCCUCGGCUUGGCCCCUGUCUCUCGGGCCGAAGACCUGAUUAAAGACGUCCUCGGUGACGAGGUGGACGUGGAGGACGAUCUGGAUCUGGAUCUGGGUCUCGCCGGAGCCGAGGAGGAGGAAGAAGAGCUGGACCUGGAGGGAGAUAUGCAGGAUGAAGCUCCAGCUGAGCCCAAAACUCCUCCCACACCGAAGGUGACCUACAAGGCUCCAGAGCCGAUGGGGGAACAUUUCAUCGCUGAGUCUUUCGACAGAGGGACUUUAGACGGAUGGGUUCUGUCCAAAGCCAAGAAGGAGGACACAGACGAGGACAUCGCAAAGUACGACGGUAAAUGGUCGGUGGAGGAGAUGAAGGACAGUAAGCUCCCCGGAGAUAAAGGUCUGGUCCUGAAGUCACGAGCCAAACAUCACGCCAUCUCAGCCCAGCUGCUGCGACCUUUCACCUUCGACACCAAGCCGCUCAUCAUCCAGUACGAGGUGAACUUCCAGGCCGGUAUCGACUGCGGCGGCGCCUACGUGAAGCUGCUGACUCAGACUCCCGACCUUGACCUGGACCAGUUUGUGGAUAAAACUCCGUACACCAUCAUGUUCGGACCCGACAAAUGUGGAGAAGAAUACAAACUGCACUUCAUCUUCAGACACAAAAACCCCAAAACUGGAGAGUACGAAGAGAAACACGCCAAGAAACCCGACUCCGACCUGAGGACGUACUACACCGAUAAGAAAACUCACCUGUACACACUGGUGGUGAACCCUGACAACACCUUUGAGGUUCUGGUGGAUCAGACGGUGGUGAACAGCGGCAGCCUGCUGACCGACAUGACCCCCGCUGUGAACCCCGCCGCAGAGAUCGAGGACCCCGACGACCAGAAGCCAGAGGACUGGGACGAGAGGCCCAAGAUCCAGGACCCCGCAGCCACCAAGCCCGAGGACUGGGAUGAGGAUGCACCUGCUCAGAUUCCAGAUGAAGAUGCAGUGAAACCAGACGGCUGGCUGGACGAAGAGCCCGAGUACAUCGGAGACCCCGACGCAGUCAAACCCGAGGACUGGGACGAGGACAUGGACGGCGAAUGGGAGGCCCCUCAGGUUCCUAACCCCGCCUGUGAGACCGCCCCUGGUUGCGGCGCCUGGAAACGGCCGAUGAUCGACAACCCCAACCACAAGGGCAAGUGGAAGCCCCCCAUGAUCGACAACCCCAACUACCAGGGCGUCUGGAAGCCGAGGAAGAUCGCCAACCCGGCGUUCUUCGAGGACCUGCAGCCGUUCAAGAUGACGCCGUUCAUCGCCGUGGGACUCGAGCUCUGGUCCAUGACCUCCGACAUCUUCUUCGACAACUUCUUCAUCACCGACGACCGCAACACCGCCGAGCGCUGGGCCAACGACGGCUGGGGGCUGAAGAAGGCCGCCGAGGGCGCCGCUGAUCCCGGUUUGGCAACUCAGAUGUUGAGCGCUGCAGAGGAGCGCCCGUGGCUCUGGGUCGUCUACGUCCUCACCGUGGCUUUACCGCUCGUCCUCAUCAUCGUCUUCUGCUGCACCGGCAAGAAGAAGACCCCAGAGACGCCGGCAGCAGAGUACAAGAAGACCGACGAAGCUCAGCCCGACGUGAAGGAGGAGGUAGAGGAGGAAGAAGAGGAGGAGGAGGAAGAGGAGGAGGAGGAGAAGGCUGAAAAGGCUGAAGAGGCAGAGAAGAGCAGUCCAGCUGCAGAAGAGAAAAGUGGCGGAGAGGAAAGUGCUGCAGAAGACGAGGAAGAGGAUGCAGAGAAGGAUGCGACGUCUGACGAUAAGUUGGAGGACGACGUUCUGCGGAGAUCUCCCAGGAACAGGAAGGUCAGAAAGGACUGAUAUCUCUGAAUCCACAGCCCUGACCUCAACACCUCCCCCUCCCUCCCCUUAAAUAUCUCUCCCCCCCCCCCCCUCCUCUCCUCUUCUUCUUCUACUACUCUGCUCCGAGGCGAUGAAGCCUAAAUGGAACCCCGUGGAAGCAGCGAAGCUUACAGGAAACUAAUCAAGACCUCCAACAUAUGGACGCCUGCUCAUGAUGAUGAUGAUUCCAGUAUGAACAGGACUGAGUUAGUGUGAUUUAAAGGAUUUUUUUGUUUAUAAAAGAGAUUAAUUGAGAUUAACUAAAACUUCCUGCAUCAUUCCACCUGAGCAGACUCAAACUAACGGGAUCGACGCGUCCUGUCUGCCGCCGCACCGCCUGCUCACCGCCCAGCGCCAUCCUGAGCUAGCAAAGCUCCGCCCCCCUGCUAAUUAGCUCCCAGCAACUACCCACUAGUUAGCCAUCGAUCCCAAGUAGCCAUCUUCCUGUUCGGGUGACCAACAGGAUGCUAAUUAGCUCACCUUCAGGGUGCUAAUUAGGCUCGCAGUAGUCUGAAUUAUCCAACAAACAUUCAGAGAAUUUACCAACCAAAAGUCUUGCCGUUUGGCCGACCAGAAGGCUGCUAAUUAGCCCCUGAUCAGGAUGCUAAUGAGGCUGACAGUUGAAAACUGUCAGGAAAAAAUCACCAACAAAAGUCUUGCCAAUUAGCCUACGAACAGGCUGCUAACUAGGACGACAGUCGGGAUAAACCUACAAAAUAGUUAAGGACAUAAAACCCAGAAGUCUUGCUUACUAGCCCCUAACCAGUGUGCUAAUUAGGCUGACAUAAGUCCGAAAUAUCCAACAAAAGUCUUGCCAAUUAGCCUAAUAACCCCUCAAACACUUCCAACAAGGCUAGCGACGAGCUUGUAUGCAACAUGCAAGUUCACCUGCUAACCGUUGAUUUAUUAGCCUUUAGGGAGAUUAAUUAUCCUACAAAUGAUCAUGACAUUAACCCAACAAAAGUGUUUAUUGUUCUCCUAGCAUGCUGAUUAGCUCAUGAACAACUUGGUAGUAAUCAGACUACUCGUCCUACAAUUUAAAGCUAUUAUCCUCCAAACUAGUUAGUGUUAACAACGGGCUGCUAACAAGCCCACAAAGAGUGUAAUUCACUGACCAACUAGCUAAUUAGCUUGCCAAGCCGCUAAUUCCCCUACUAACUGUUGGCUCGUUAAGCCUUCCUAGAUUUUACAAAUUAGCUAGUGAUUAGCCACCAUGCUAAUAUUUAAAAAUGGCUGCCGAUACCUUUUUUUCUUCCUUUUUCAUGUCUCAUUUUUCUAGUCAUUUAGUUGUGUUUUGUUGUAAAGCUGUUAGCUCCACACACAGCGCUCAUGUUUCCUCCGUAUUUCUGCUGUGUUGUAUUGUCCUGAUGGCAGCGACGGGGGUCAGAUAGGUCAAAGGUCAGAACCACCGAGCCUAAAAUGGUUUGAGAGAAAGCAUUGGAUUACACCGUAAAUGUCAGUCACGGGUGAGUGACAGGUGUUUAUUACCUGUCACGGGUGAGUGACGGGUGUUUAUUACCCGUCACUGAGGCUCCUUUUUAUUCGUCCCAACAAACACAACAGCAGCUCGUUGGCUCCUCUUAUCCAAUUAAAGUGUCCAAUUUACCUUUUUGUUUCUUCGUAUGGUUGUUUCAACUCCACCUGGAUCUAACUGGGUUUGAUGUGUUCAUCUUUACAUCCAAACCCACCUUCAGAACCUUCUUUAUUGUUGUGUUAAAGUACCUUUCUGGGGGUUAAAACGAGCUGCUGUCGUCUUUCGUUUGGACGAACUCGUCACGCCGUCAGGUGGACGGACACCCAGUCCCUCUUUCAUCUGCCCCAUAUGAAAAAAGAAAAGGCACUAAGUGGAAUAAAACUCUGGCGCUUAACCCUCUCACCUGUCCGCCUGCGGCACCUCAACUCCUCCAGCCAAUCACAGACGCUCUCCCACAUGGAUCCAUGUCGGGAGUUUAGCCCCAUUUGUUUAAAUAGACGGCACUUCAGCGUGAAAAUGUUCUUUUUUUUUUUUAAGGAACAGUAGUUUGACAAAAAAUCUUAACUCAAGGUUUACUUACUGGCUUUUUUGCCCUGGAACUUUGGGCUGCAUCUCAAGGUCUUCAUUGAGCGAGGGAGUUUGCUGAAAGAUCAUCUGACAGAAGUGUCAUGACAAACUUUAUCCGCUGAUGAAGACUGUGAGAUGCAGGUGAAAGCUCCAGUAAAAGCCAGUAAGUGGACCUUGAGUGAAGACGAACAUAAAACAUUGCUGACAUUUAUUCGGAGUGAGUUUUUUUGCAUAGUUUUUGCAAAUAUGUCACGUAAUGAUGUCAUCCGGAAGAGCAGAAUCGACCAAUCAAAGGCAUUCCUUUAAGAGGAAACAAACCACCAGGUGUCGCCAAAAUAAAACCAGAGCUGAAAUCUUAAACUAGUUUUGUUUUGGCCGACUACGACCACCGGUGAAAAAAACCAACUGGCAAUCGUCAGAAAGUGUUUUCACAAGUUACGGUAGUUCUGACUGUAAUCCUGACCUCCUGACCUUUCCCUCUAGCGCCACCAUCAGGACAAAAAUAUGUUUUCUCCGCGAGUCUGAUCACGAGGAAAACAACACUUGAGAAAUAACUUUUGAUAAAACAUCCUGAAAUAUGUGUUCUUUUUUUAUUUUGUAUUCAUCAUGAAAUCCUUUAAGGAUUAUUUAUAAUGCAGAAGAAACUACAAAUCACGAAUGAUAAAUUUAUCCCCAGACUUUUGCUUCUGUUACCGAGCGAGAAUCAUUCUGUGUACAGCUUCUAAAGAAAAGAUAUGAAAUAAAAGCUGGUUUUGUGAAUCUUGAAGGUGUUUGAUAAAAGAGAAGUAACUAAAUGAAUCCAGUCUUGUAUCCUUGAUGUGUCCUCUUUGUCGUCGUACGUAUUCUGUGGGUUUUAAUUCAGGAGUCACUGAUGAGCAGCGUUGUUAUUGGCUGAUGGGGGUUUGUCAUAGUGGAUGGUGGGCGGGUCUCUGGCUGUUGGUGAGGUCACAUCUUUGGGGCUCGAGGUGGCGUGGAGGUCACCGCUUCCAUAACCUUCAAUCCCUCCUUUUUACAUUUUUUUUUUUUAGGGUAAAUAAGAGCUAGUUACAUGCCGGCUGUGAGCUCUGCUGCUUGUAGUCUUUAUUGUUUUUCCUGAAAGUGUCAGAAUACGAUUCUUUUAGGACGAGCGGCCUCCAGCAGCAGCGGCGUUUCAUUUACAUCCAGAAUGUGUUUUCAGCCGCUCUCUUCGUCUCCCUUUUUUUGUGUUUUGUCUCAGAUUAUUUUUGUGUCCGGCUGAAGCUGCCUCGCUGAACCGACUGUAGACUGAACACUGUAUCUGCUGGUGAAACUUUACAUGACUCUGUAACUCUGUACUUUUUAUUUUUAUUUUUGUUGACAUUGUGUUUUGAAAAAAACUAAACUUUAAUGGUUGGUCCUGCAGCCUGUUUCCGACGUACACACUAUGUAGAGAGGUGGGCCGGGCUGAAACACGCCAAACGGUCCGACUUUGAAUAGAAAUACUGUGAUGAUGGAGCCGAGAUGUGUGUGUGUGUGGACACGCAGACAACAUUUGUUUUGAUGAAUAAAAAGGCCAAAUGGAAACUGAA